CUUCUCUAGGAAAUUGUUGGAAGAAUGUUGUGAUCCUGGGCAGCUCUUUGCUAUGACAAAGCUGAACUCCCCAAUGGGAAAGAACCUCUGGUUUGAUGGGGAAUUUUUAUAUUCUGUCACUAUCGACAACGUGACUUACUCUCUCUUCCCACAGGCUACUCCCUUCCAGCUGCCACUGAAGAAAUGCUCUGUGGUGGGAAACGGUGGGAUCCUGAAAAAGAGCGGCUGCGGCAAACAAAUAGAUCAAGCAGAUUUUGUCAUGCGGUGCAACCUUCCUCCUCUAUCCAGUGAAUACAGCAAGGACGUUGGAUCGAAAACACAGCUGGUGACUGCAAAUCCCAGUAUAAUUCAGAAAAGGUUCCAGAAUCUGCUGUGGUCUCGAAAAGCAUUUGUGGAUAGCGUGAAGGUUUAUAACCACAGCUACAUCUACAUGCCAGCCUUCUCAAUGAAGACGGGGACGGGACCCUCCCUACGUGUCUAUUACACCCUGAAGGACUUCAGUGCCAAGCAGGCGGUCCUUUUCGCCAACCCCAAUUUCCUGCGGGACAUUGGCAAGUUCUGGAAGAGCAAAGGUAUCCAUGCCAAACGGCUUUCCACAGGACUUUUCCUAGUCAGUGCCGCACUUGGUCUGUGUGAAGAAGUAACAAUUUAUGGCUUCUGGCCAUUCUCGGUGGACCUGCAUGGGAAGUUUAUUAGCCAUCAUUACUAUGACAAUGUCUUGCCCGAUUCUGGAUUCCAUGCCAUGCCGGAGGAAUUUCUACAGCUCUGGUUUCUUCAUAAAAGUGGUGUACUGAGAAUGCAGCUAGAACCAUGUGAGGAACCUUUAAUCCAGUCUUCUGCCUGAGGAUUGUAGGAGUCUGUUUGGGAGAUCCAAUAGUUUUUAAUUUCAAUGCUCUACAACAGAGUGUUCUGUUUUCUGUUGUUUCUUUUUAAAGGGAAAAUAAUUGUGGAUCUGCAUGGACCAUAAAAAUGUUACUUGAAGGCCAAAUGGAGUAUGUCCUUAAUGUAUAGUACUUUAUGGAACUGGGGUGAGGGGAAGAGGAUCUCUCCAGCGAGUCCAUU